AUGUGCGAAGAAGAGUUGGGUUUACGAGGAAUCUCGAGUGAAAGUGUUUGGCGAAGAGAUUCAAAGGUCGAUUCCACUAGAAGACGACGGCGAAUUCCUCUUGACCAGCUGGCGAUUGGCUUUAUUGGAACAUUCAUGUUGACGCUGUUUCCGAGACUGGAUAUUCCCUUUGUCACUUCGAACCCACAACACAUUGACCUUCAGAUCACGCACUUCCAUGAGGUGCACGUGAAUUUUUACAUUUGUGAAGUGACCUGGCCCCUUUCUCCUGACAAAUACACUCACAUCUUUCAGGUGGAGAUGGCUGAAAUCUACCAACCGCAACGGACAGAUUUCUUCCCACAUCUGGAAGAGAAGCAACUCUACAUUGUUCGGGCUGGAGACGAUAUUAACAUUCGAUAUUACAAAGAUAUCACGCCCAACAGUACGCACAUCAAAGAGAAGAUGUCCAACCCGCCACCCGAGAUCCGAUGGAAUGCACUUGUCCCAUCAUUCAGCUUUAAUGGGGACCCCCAAUGGAAUCUAUCGAACAUACACCGUCGCUAUGCCAAAUGUUAG